CUCUCUGUAUUUUCUUUGAGCCCGGUCAGGAUGAGAACAGCACUGUUCAUUGUUCAUCUCCUUCCUGCGCUGACAGCAAUAGCAGAGACAACACCAGCAGGGAGCACUGACCCUGUGGUGUCUCUGAAAAAUGGCCGAAUCAGAGGAGAAUACGUUACAGUGAAAGGCACAGAGAGGAGAGUGAAGCAAUACCUGGGAAUCCCUUUUGCCCAGCCCCCGGUGGGGCCCCUCCGCUGGGCUGCUCCCCAGGAUGCACAGCCAUGGGAGGGGGAGAGAGACGGCACACAACAGCCUCCCAUGUGUAUCCAGGACCCAGAAAUAGUUGUGAAUGUUUCUAAAACCAUGUCAAUGCAAUACACCCUGUCAGAGCUUUCAGAGGACUGUCUGUAUCUGAAUGUAUACACUUCAGCUGAGGCAACAAAAGGGGACAAACUGCCGGUGAUGGUGUGGAUCCAUGGAGGAGGUCUGUCGAUGGGUGCAGCUUCUCAGUAUGAUGGCUCUCCGUUAGCUGCUUAUGAAAACAUAGUAAUGGUUAUUAUUCAGUAUCGCCUCGGCAUUCUGGGAUUCCUGAGCACUGGAGACGAGCAUGCUUGGGGCAACUGGGGUUUCUUCGAUCAGCUUGCAGCCCUGAGAUGGGUGCACGAAAAUAUCGAGGCAUUCGGCGGAGAUCCACAAGCUGUCACAGUGGCUGGAGAGUCUGCAGGAGGCAUCAGUGCUUCCAUACUGACUCUGUCACCACAAGCAGAAGGACUGUUUCAGAGGGCAAUUUUUCAAAGUGGAGUAGCAACAAUUGGGACCUACACUACAAGCCAUCCUUUGGCUUUUGCCAAGAUUGUUGCCAACCUUACUGGAUGUGACCGCAGCAGCACAGAGGAACUGGUCCAAUGUAUGAGAGGAAAAAGUAAAGAUGAGCUAGUUGAUUCAACAAAAAAGAUGAAAAUUUACCUGGGAGCCGUGGUGGAUGGUGUGUUUCUGACUGACACAGCAGAGGAGCUUCUCAAGAGGAAAGAAGUGCUGAAGGUUCCAGUGAUGAUGGGAAUAACCAACCAUGAGUUUGGAUGGAUCCUGCCUCAGAGCUUCGCCCCCCCUGGCUGGGAGAAGGGUAUGAGCAGAGAGUCUGUGCUGGCAGUGGUCAACAUGUUCAAUCCUCCUGGGGCCUCCUUUGCCAACAACCUUAUCGCUGAUGAAUACUUGAAGGAUGCUAAAACACCAGAGGAAAUCAGAGAUGCAUUCACUGAAAUCAUGGGGGACCUGCUGAUGACGCUGCCUGUUGUCAAGGUGGCUGGAUACCAUUCAGAUGCGGGUGUUCCAGUUUAUAUGUAUGAGUUUGUGUACCGUGCUGAGAUACACAAACACACCAGACCCAGCUUUGUGAAGGCAGAUCAUGCAGACGAUGUCGGCUUCAUGUUUGGUGGAUGUUUCUGGAAUGGAGAUAUAAAAAUCAUCAGUAACAUUUCCAGAGAGGAUGAAAGUCUUUGUAGGACCAUGAUGUCUUACUGGGGCGCUUUUGCCCGUACUGGCUCUCCCAAUGGUCCUGGGCUCAUCAGUUGGCCUCAGUAUGACAGGCAGAAACAGGAGUACAUGGAGCUGGGCCUGACGCAGACAGUGAGACAAAAACUGAAGGAGGACAGAGUCCAUUUUGCCACUGUCACCCUCCCUCAGAAGCUGGAACAGUUAGCAGCUGCAGCCAAACUUGGAAACUGAUCUCUGCAAGCUGUCAUGUUGUUUGUGUUGGUCCCAAGUUUGAGAGUUUAUGUCUCCACACCAAAACUAACUGGUAUAAUUACUUCCUGGACCCCUUUAUAUCUGUGUUAGAAUACAUUUACUGGGCGUCUUAUCCAAGUCUUUUGAUUCCAUGCAAGUGUCUUUUUUGACAUGUUUAUUGUGAAAUAGCGGUAAUUAAAGGUGUCACUGCAAAGAAUGAAAAUUUG